GGCUGCUCUUGGUCUGUUAUAUUUGUGGAUUUUGAUGCCCAUAACCGUAACAGACAGACUCUCUGUUCAUUGCUACCCCGAGAGUCAAGGUCUCAUAAUACUGAUGCAGCUCUUUUGCCCUGUCUUAGUUAUCCUGCAUUUGCUUUGGAUGAUGAGGUUUUGUUCAGUCAAACACUAGAUAAAAUUAUUAGAAAAUUGAAAGGAAAAUAUGGGUUUAAAAGAUUUCUGAGAGAUGGGUACAGAACAGCGCUAGAGGACAAAACACGACGUUAUUAUAAACCAGCAGAAAUUAAGCUUUUUGAUGGCAUUGAGUGUGAAUUCCCUCUGUUUUUUAUUUUCAUGAUAAUUGAUGGAGUUUUUAGAGGAAAUCCUGCACAAGUAAAGGAGUAUCAGGAUCUUCUGGAACCUUUGCUUCAGCAUACAUCUGAAGGGUGUCCUGUUGUACCCAAGUAUUACUAUGUGCCAGCUGAUUUCGUUGAACUGGAAAAGAAGAACCCGGGCAGUCAGAAGCGGUUUCCUAGUAACAGUGGACGCGAUGGGAAGUUUUUCUUGUGGGGGCAGGCAGUUUACAUCAUUGCAAAACUGCUGGCUGACAAAUUAGUAAGUCCUAAAGACAUUGACCCUAUCGGACGUUAUAUACCUCCACAAGAUCAGCGGAACGUUAGCAUGAGAUUUUCAAAUCAGGGUCCUUUAGAAAAUGAUUUGGUAGUACACGUGGCCCUGAUAGCAGAAAGUCAGCGCCUUCAAGUUUUUCUGAACACAUAUGGAAUUCAAACUCAGACCCCGCAGCAGGUGGAACCAAUUCAGAUAUGGGCUCAAAAAGAACUCGUCAAAGCUUACUUCCAUUUGGGAGUCAAUGACAAAUUGGGAUUAUCUGGAAGACCAGACAGGCCUAUAGGAUGCCUUGGAACAUCAAAGAUUUAUCGAAUCCUGGGAAAGACUGUAGUUUGCUACUCUAUCAUUUUUGAUCUAAGUGAUUUCUACAUGUCUCAGGAUGUUAUGAUGUUGAUUGAUGACAUUAAGAAUGCACUGCAGUUCAUUAAGCAGUACUGGAAAAUGCAUGGUCGUCCACUGUUUGUCGUACUUAUCCGUGAAGACAAUAUAAGAGGGAGCAGAUUCAAUCCAAUACUAGAUAUGCUGGCAGCCUUUCGAAAGGGAAUUGUUGGAGGAGUGAAAGUUCACGUUGACAGAGUACAGACAUUAAUAUCUGGAGCAGUUGUUGAACAACUUGACUUCCUAAGAAUCACUGAAACAGAAGAGGCUCCUGUAUUUAAGAGUUUGGAGGAGUUGGAUCUUCCAAAACACUCAAAAGUCAAGAGACAGUCUAGUACUCCAAAUGCAUCUGAACUUGAGCAGCAACCAGAUGUAAAUAUUAAUGACUGGAAAAACAAGUCAACAUAUGAGAUCCUACAGAAACUUAAUGACUGCAAUUGCCUGGCAAGUCAAGCAUUACUCUCGAGUAUAUUGCUUAAAAGGGAAGGACCGAAUUUUAUCACCAAGGAAGGUACUGUUGCUGAGCAUAUUGAAAGAAUCUAUAGACGAGCUGGCAGCAAAAAGCUCUGGUCUGUUGUGCGCUUCGCAGCAAGUCUUUUAGGUAAACUAGUGGACAGCCUUGCACCAUCUAUUACUAAUGUUUUAGUUCAGGGCAAGCAGGUGACACUUGGAGCUUUUGGCCAAGAGGAAGAAGUUAUUUCUAAUCCCUUAUCCCCAGCAGUGAUUAAGAACAUCAUCUAUGAAAAAUGUCAUUUACAAGAUGAAAGAGAAGCUGUAGUUAAGCAGGAACUUGUCAUACAUAUUGGCUGGAUCAUCUCAAAUUCACCUGAACUUUUCAGUGGCAUGCUGAAGAUACGGAUUGGGUGGAUUAUCCAUGCUAUGAAGUAUGAACUGAAGAUCCGUGCUGGGGAUAUGCCAGCCAAGGACUUAUACCAGAUGUCCCCUAGUGAAGUGAAGCAGCUUCUGCUGGAUAUUCUUCAGCCACAGCAGCAGGGGAGAGGCUGGCUAAACCGAAGACAGAUAGAUGGUUCUCUCAAUCGAACGCCUGCUGGAUUCUAUGAUCGGGUGUGGCAGAUCUUGGAGAGAACCCCUAAUGGUUUAAUAGUGGCAGGGAAAUUUUUACCACAGCAACCAACCUUAUCGGAUAUGACGAUGUAUGAAAUGAAUUUUUCCCUUCUAGUAGAAGAUAUGCUGCAAAAUAUCGACCAGCCGGAAUACAGGCAAAUUAUUGUAGAGUUGUUGAUGGUUAUAUCUGUUAUUUUGGAGAGAAAUCCUGAGCUAGAGUUCCAGGACAAAGUGGACUUGGACAAAGUGGUGCAAGAAGCAUUUCAUGACUUUCAGAAAGAUCACAGCAGUUCAAAGGGAGCUGAAAAACAAAAUGACAUGACUGCUUUCUACAACACCCACCCAAUUGGAAAAAAAGGAACAUGCAGCUACUUGAGUAAGGCUGUGAUCACUUUACUGCUGGAAGGGGAAGUGAAAGCAAGCAAUGAUGAUCCUUGUACCGUUAGCUAAAGCCUGAAACACAACAUAGGAAUUCUUGCUUUAUUUUGUGUUCUAUGUAUUUUUCAUGCAUAUAUUAAAAUACUGUUUUGAAGAGUAACCCUGGCUAGUAAUACCAAUGCAUACUAUCCUUUGCUGAAAGAAGUGCCAUUAAAGAUGAUACUAAGUGCCACCUAAUUUCUUCCUUUCUCAACUAUGCAGCAUGAAACUGAGCACAUGAAGCUAGUCCUAUGAUAGCUGAUCAAGUUGUAUGGGAUUGUGUUUAUGAUCUUAAAUUACACAUUUAACAUAGUUGGUAACUUCAAGAGAAAUGCAGUAUGAGAUUUUGUCUUUAUACCUCUAUUUAUCUGUAAUUGCAAACAAGUUUAUUGUAAAUUCUAAAUGAAAAUCAGAAAAAUACUAUAAUUAACAUGUAUACCAAUCAGUGUGGAAAUAUGAAAAUUUGAUUUUUUUUUUAAAUUCUACACACAAAUUGGAGGUGAAGGUUAAAUAUUUG